UAUAUACUCUCUCUCUCUCUCUCUCUCUCUAUAUCUCUCUCACGCGAAACCCUAGCGCUAACGCCUCCAUCUAUCUCUCUCACGCGAAACCCUAGCGCUACCGCCUCCACCAUCAGGGUUCUACGUUCCUUUGCAAGGUACAUGAUUUGGAUUCAGUUUUAGUUUUCAAUUUUCAGGUUAUUCACUCUAUUCUUCUUUCAACAGGAUCAGUAAUAAUGGAAAGAGUUGUAACUAGAAGUCAGAGGCUUAAAUCCUUAAACAAUUGCAGCAGCAGCAGUUACAAUGAUGAUUCAGACUCUUCAAAGGUCUUGCUCAAUCAAGACAUGAUGCUUCCUAUACUUAGUUUGCUUCCUCUCAACUGUUUGCUCAAUUCUGUAAGGUAUGUUUGCAAACCAUGGGCAACUACUAUUCGCACCUCCCAUUUUGCUCAAGCGUGCCUACAACUUACUAAACCUGGUCUUUACGUUGAAGAUUAUGGUUCUCCAACCAGUUCUUAUUACUUGGAUAUCAAAAGUUAUGUGAAUGGUCACUUUGAAUUUGAAAGGAUUAGUUUGGGAACACCUUCAAAAGUCGGAACCAUUAUAUGUAGUUAUAAUGGCAUUUUGCUGAUGCUUGAUUGGGAUUUGUUUUCUUCACAACCACCACAAGCUUUCCUCGUGAACCCCCUCAUCAAGUCUUUGCUUAAACUUCCUCCUCUACCCUAUUCACUAGAACGCCCAUACCCUUCAGCUCAAUUUGCUAUAGUUUCUGCUCCUCACACUGCCAAAUUCAAGUUGUUCUUUAUAGACAUCCUAGAGGUUUCAGGUGCUCUUUAUUAUGUUUUCUAUGUACUAAGAAUUGGAAUAGAUAUCUCAUGGAAAGAGAUAGAUAGAAAAGAAGCUCCUAUAGCAUGGAAUACUAUUUGGAAACCACUUUAUGAUGGAUCCAAUUAUCUUUAUUGGAUAUCUGCACAUCAUCAAGUAACUGUGUUUGAUGUUGACAAGGAAAUUACGGUUGGAAAAUUUCCACUCCCCCCUUUGCAUCCAGAUCCUUUUUCUCCUUUUUCUUUUUCUCAUACAGUAUUCUUAUGGAGAGGAAAUCAGAUUUCUUGCAUUGUCAGUAUUGUUGAGAAUAAAAGAUAUAAAAUCUAUAUAUUGGAUUUUGAUUCUGGAAAAUGGUCUCUUUAUCAUGAAAUGGGACCGUUUGAUUAUGUGGCUGCUUGCGGCCAAGAGUUUUUUGUUAAGUUUCUUCUAUUUCGUUGUUGGAUCCACGAUGAAAUCAUCUUUCGAGUAUCUAGAUCUUCAACGAGAGAAGAAAAUUUGCCUAUAGGUGGCAGGUACACCAUGCAUUUUAGUUACAAUGUCAAGACUAGACGAGUGACAAAGAUUGAGGACAUUGCUAUGUUCAAUAACGAGGUGUGGCUUCACACCAACAGCCUAUUUUCAUUGCCAAGUACUCCGACAUAGUUUGGUUUCUUCGCAUAGUAUAUCUAGUGGUAAACUUUAUAUUUAUCUGGGUUGGCACAACAAGUGUUUAUGUUUCUAUUUAGUUAUGUAGUUUGGCGGUGGCCAAACAAAUGAUGAAUUUUUAAGAUGUUCAUUUACGAAAAGGGUAGCAAACCAAAACCCGACCCUUCCGUACUACCAAUCAUUGAGGAGUCUAAAAGAAUUUGCAAUAUUGCUCCCAACGGAAAGCCCGUAUCUGUCUCUACUAAGAGAUUGUGGAGAUGGUACUCUUUCCAAUAGUGAACGAGGCAUGUCGUGUUUUAGAAGGAGUUGUUAUCCGAGCAUCUGACCUCGACAUUGCAUCUAUUCUUUGAAUGGGAGUUAUCGUGGCGGCAUUGUUUUCUGGGCUGAUCUGGUUGGGGCUAAGCAUAUUUAUAGCAGCCUAAAGAAAUGGACACAAUUAUAUGGUAACUUUUAUAAGCCAUCAAGGUAUUUGGAAGAAAGAGUGGUAAGUCAAAGUUUUUAUUAAUCUCCUUUGUGCAUGAAAUCAUCCCUUAAAACAAAGAUGUGUCUGAAGGGAUUCGAACACUGCCGACCGACACUUUACGAACACACACAUACAUGUCAUUGAUUAAUGAAUGAUCAGCAAGAGCAUGUUUGACAUUGUUUUUUGUAUUGUAUGCAGAGUGCACCUGCUUCAUCUAAUCCAACGACAAAGGCGCGUCUGUGAGAAUAUGAGAAGGAAAUGAUCUUACAAAGUUUUUCUCAAGUUGGAUGUUCUAAGAUAUAGGGAAUUUAGCUCAUAAUGUUUUUUUUUUCCUUCCAAGUUUAAUUAAUAAAUAAAACUAUAUUUCCUUAUAUUAUA